CUCUGAAACUUGGUGAUUGCUCUAUACCAAAAACCCUACCAUGUCCGUCACUGUUGAAGAAGUUUCUGCCGUUUUCGACACCAUCUUGGUGUUGGACUUCGGUUCCCAGUACUCCCACUUGAUCACCCGUCGUUUGCGCGAGUUCAACGUCUACACCGAGAUGUUACCGUGCACCCAGAAGAUUUCCGAAUUGAGCUGGAAGCCAAAGGGGAUCAUCUUGUCUGGUGGUCCAUACUCUGUCUACGAAGAGGGUUCUCCCCACGUUGACCACGCCAUCUUUGAUUUGGGGGUCCCAAUCUUGGGGAUCUGUUACGGUAUGCAGGAAUUGGCCUGGAUCAACGGGAAGGGUGUUGCCCGUGGUGAGAAGCGUGAGUACGGUCCGGCCACCUUGGACGUACAGGACCAAUCCUGUCCGCUUUUCAAGGAUGUCGACCACUCCCAGGUCUGGAUGUCUCACGGUGAUAAGCUCUCUGCCUUGCCAACUGGCUUCACCACGGUUGCCACCUCUGACAACUCGCCAUUUGCCGCCAUUGCGCACAAAACCGAAAAGAUCUACGGGAUUCAGUUCCACCCAGAGGUUACCCACACUGCCAAGGGGAACCUCUUGUUGCGUAACUUUGCCGUCGACAUCUGUAAGGCCAACCAGAACUGGACCAUGGCCAACUUCAUCGACACCGAGAUCAGCCGUAUCCGUACCUUGGUAGGGCCGACCGCCGAAGUCAUCGGUGCUGUUUCCGGUGGUGUCGACUCCACCGUUGCCGCCAAGCUCUUGAGCAUUGCCAUCGGUGAGAGAUUCCACGCCAUCUACGUGGACAACGGUGUCAUGAGAAAGAACGAGACCGAAACCGUCCACAAGACCUUGACCGAGGGCUUGGGCAUCAACUUGACUGUUGUUGACGCCUCCGAGGAGUUCUUGGGCAAGUUGAAGGGUGUCACCGACCCAGAGAAGAAGAGAAAGAUCAUCGGUAACACCUUCAUCGAGGUUUUCGAAAGACAGGCUGCUCUUAUCCAGCCAAAGUCGGGGGAGGAGAUUGAGUUCUUGUUGCAAGGUACCUUGUACCCGGACGUCAUCGAGUCCAUCUCCUUCAAGGGCCCAUCUCACACCAUCAAGACCCACCAUAACGUUGGUGGCUUGUUGGAUGACAUGAAGUUGAAGUUGAUCGAGCCUUUGAGAGAGUUGUUCAAGGACGAAGUCAGAGCCUUGGGUGAAAUCAUGGAGAUUCCACACGACUUGGUUUGGAGACACCCAUUCCCAGGCCCAGGUUUGGCCAUCCGUGUCUUGGGUGAAGUUACCCCAGCUCAGGUCAAGAUUGCCCGUGAAGCCGAUUUCAUCUUUAUUGAGGAAAUCAAGAAGGCUGGCUUAUACAGAGAGAUCUCCCAGGCCUUUGCCGCCUUGUUGCCGGUCAAGUCCGUCGGUGUCAUGGGUGACCAAAGAACCUACGAACAGGUUAUUGCCUUGAGGGCCAUCGAGACCACUGACUUCAUGACUGCCGAUUGGUUCGUCUUUGAAGCCUCUUUCUUGAAGAGAGUUGCCUCCAGAAUUGUCAAUGAGGUUGACGGUGUCGCCCGUGUCACCUACGACAUCACCUCUAAGCCGCCAGCCACCGUCGAAUGGGAAUAAACGCCUAGAUGUAUAACGUUACUUUUAUUUGUUUAGACACUCUGUAUCAUAAUCAAGUUUGCAUAUUUG